GCUUGCUCUCCCUGCUCCCACCAGUUGCAAAGCCGCCUUCUUCCCCAUCCAAAAUCCGUAAACCCUAAACCCCUCGUGACCGCGCACCACCAUGCGGUCCCUGGCGAAGCCCCGGCUGCCCAAGCCCCUCCUCCCCCUGGCCGUCUUCCUCCAGUCAAUGGGGUACGUGGACGUGAAGAUGCGGUGGAAGAAGGACGCGUCCUUCGACGCCGUCCCGGUGCUCACGCACGCCCGCGACCUCCGCCCGCUCGUCUCCCUCGCGCGCCUCCUAUCCCCGUCGCCGACCCCCGUCUCCGCGGUCUCCAAGCUCCGCCGCUCGCUCGAGACCUCCGACCGCCGCGUCGCCUCUUUCCUGCGCCGCUUUCCCGCAGCCUUCGUCGAGUCCGUCGGGCCCGAGCACAACCAUCCAUGGUUCCGCCUCUCUGGCUCCGCCGCGCGCCUCCUGCGGGAGGAGCGGGACAUCUUUGCUGCCCGCCGCGCCGAUAUCACCUCCCGCCUUCGCCGCCUCCUCCUCAUGUGCCCGACCCGCCGCAUUCCCCUCAGCGUCGCACAGGGCAUGCUCUGGCACUUCGGCCUUCCGGAGGACUACUUCGAGUGCCCAUAUUUUGAAAUUCGGCAAGAUGGAUUCCGGAUUCUAACCUCUGGGGAUGUCGUAUGUCGGGAGGAUGCGAACGAUGGUAAGGAGCUGGCGCUCAUUGAUGAUGGGAAAGAUCAAGAAAUGCCACUGUCAGUGCUCCAAAUGGAUGCCAUCAGGAGGUUUGGGUCGGCAGAUCAGGUGCCCAUCCCUCUAUUCCAGUCAAAGGGUCUUCGGCUGAAGCGGAAGAUUGAAGACUGGCUGGAGGGGUUCCAGAAGCUGCCUUAUGUCUCUCCUUAUGAGGACUUCAGCAACAUUCAUCGGGGUAGUGAUGUUUCAGAGAAGAGGGUUGUUGGUGUGCUCCAUGAACUGUUCAGUAUGUUCGUGACAUGCUCUGCUGAGAGGCGGCGAUUACUUUGCCUCAGGCAGCACCUGGGGCUGCCACAGAAGUUCCACCGUGUGUUUGAGCGGCAUCCUCAUAUAUUCUAUUUGCUGUUAAAGGAGAAAUCAUGCUUUGUUGUCCUUAAAGAGGCAUACAUGGCUGGGGGUAACACCGCAAUUGAAGAGAACCCCAUGUUGGAGGUGCGGAGCAAGUAUGCCAGAUUGAUGGAGGAGUCUCGUGAGAUCAUAAGGCGCCGGCGGAGUGGGAAGCCUGCUGAAUAUCCUGAUGAUCACGUUGAGAGUGAGGAUUCUGAGGGUGCAAAUUCUGCCAGUCUUUUCAUAGAGAGAUAAUAAUUUGGACUGAUGAGAAAAACAGAGUGCAUGAGUAUGGUUUUUGCGAAAUGAAUGAGGGUUUUACACUUUUGGAGGCAGCACUGUGGCUUCUUAUUUGCAUGCAAAUAAAGGAGCAUAUGCAAAGAGGUUGGUAACUAUGCAGAGAUUUUAUGUCGUUCACUUAUUAUAUACUAGUUAUAUGUGGCGAUGACAUUAAGUUCAUAUAGUUUUGUGACAAUAGUACUCCCUCCGACCCAUAAUUCUUGUCUCAAAUUUGCCCAAAAAUUGAUGUAUAUAUUCCUAAAAAAUGUCUAGAUACAUGUAAUAUUUCGACAAGAAUUAUGGGAUGGAGGGAGUAAUAUUUAUGAUACAAUUUGUUUGUAUAGAAGUUUUAGAUUAGUUUAUUGGUACUUGCAGUAAACGAACAGUACACUUUUUUUAGCAACAUGAACAAUGUACUCUGGAGUUAGCUGUAAGAUCAAAUUGCUUCUGGAAUAUGUUGAAGCUGAUACAUUGUGCCA